GGUUCCGGCUUUCCCCCGGAAACUGUUCUGCCUCCACACGAGAAGCCUCGCUAGAGUAACAGCCGGAUGAAAACCGGGGGCGGGCUCAGGCCCGCGGUCCUUUGUGUCCACGGGACUCCUCGCCCUCAUUGCCCUUACCCCCAAAUGCAGCAGGUGGGGAUCGAACCCGGGUCUCCAAGGAAACCCAAAGUUCUUUCCACCACUCCACUACAAGUGGGGGAUAAUACUGUUGUUCUUCUGGUAACAAGCAAGCCGCCACACUGGUACACAGCAACGUUCACUCCAGUUCCCCCAUUCUCCACCUCCGGCUUCGGGUUCUGGCUCCAAUUCAACACCGCAGAUGGAGCAAGAGGUGAUGGAAUCAGAGAUGAUUUUAGGUACACACCUGAGUUUCAAAAAGAUUCAAAUGCAUGACAAGUACCCAAAGGGGCAAGCUAGAGGGAGGCAUUGGAAGCAUCUCAAACAAAUCAUACAAGCUGAAAAUUACCAAAAUUACCCACCUCAUCAACCCAAUUAUGUUAAUAUCGAGUCGCCACCAUCGAUGCACCCUCGGAAGCAAAUUUGUGAUAUAACUGGAUCUGAGGCUCCUUAUAGCGACCCAAGAACCCAUCUACGGUAUGCAAACACCGAAGUGUUUAAGCUCAUCAGAUCACUUCCUAACGAGUAUGUGCAAAGAUAUCUCGCUCUUAGAAAUGCAGCAGUUGUUCUCAAGUAACUCUCAGAAUAUUUUCUGUUAGUUGAAUUUCUCCUUAUGUGUCUGUGGCACCUAUGUGAGACUAGAAUUUUAGUGAUAUGAAAAACUUCUUCUGAUCUAACAA